CAUUCCCCUCCAGAUAUCCUCAAAACAAUGAUGCGAAACAGGUUAAGUAGGCCCAGGAAAGACAUAUUUCUCCAGAAAGGACCUGCAAUGGAUAAAAAAAGCAGUGGUUGUUUCUUACUGAUUGUUCUACUAAUUAAAAUGGCUCCAAGUUGCCCAGCUACUGUAAGUUAUGCUGAUCCCACCUUAGAGUCUAUAGCAACGGAAUAUUCAGUGAUACGCCAGAAAAUAGUAGAUUCGCAGUUCAAGUGCUAUGAAAGAAUGAACAGAACACCUCCUUACAAGAAAAAAGGGCUGUACUGUAACCGGACCUGGGAUGGAUGGCUGUGUUGGGAUGAUACACCAGCCGGAGAAUAUGCUGACCAGAAUUGUCCUGAUUAUUUUCAAGACUUUGAUCCAACUGAAUUGGCAACAAAAUAUUGUGAUAAGACUGGAACUUGGUUUCGGCAUCCUGAAAGCAAUCGAACCUGGUCCAACUACACACGGUGCAAUUCUUUUACGAAUGAAAAGCGUAAGAUGGUUUUCAUAGUUUAUUACAUGACUAUAGUAGGACAUGCAUUGUCUAUAGCUUCUCUAUUGGUUUCCUUGGGGAUUUUCUUCUAUUUCAAGAGCCUAAGCUGUCAAAGGAUCACACUGCACAAGAACCUCUUUUUUUCUUAUGUUCUUAACUCUGUGUUUACACUCGCACAUCUCAUUGCAGUAGUGCCCGAUCGAGACCUGGUCAAAAAAGAUCCAGUAAGCUGCAAAGUGCUUCAGUUUUUUCACCAAUAUACAAUGGGCUGUAACUACUUCUGGAUGCUUUGUGAAGGAAUAUAUCUUCAUACGCUGAUUGUGGUGGCAGUAUUUGCUGAAGAACAGCGCUUGCACUGGUAUUACCUCCUGGGCUGGG